AAUACACUUCACCGAAGGCGGCAAACAUGGCAGGAGGAAAGAAGAAAUCCUCGACUCUACCAUCAAGAAUUCCGAAAACACUUUCCUCCACAUGGCAGGACAAACACAUGGUGUUGUUCAAAGCAGAGUACACGUUCUUGGUCACGGCCGUCCUUUGGUUCCUGGAAAUUGGGAUUAACAUAUGGGUGAUCCAAAGAGUUGCAUAUACAGAGAUCGACUGGAAGGCGUAUAUGGAUGAGGUGGAGGGAGUUAUUAAUGGCACAUAUGACUACACACAGCUGAAGGGCGACACGGGGCCGCUGGUGUAUCCAGCUGGUUUUGUGUAUAUAUUCACUGGGCUGUAUUAUCUUACUGAUCAUGGACAGAAUAUUCGUUUGAGUCAGUACGUGUUUGCUGUGUUCUACCUCAUCACCCUCCUGCUUGUGUUCCGCAUUUACCAUCGCACCAAAAAGGUUCCUCCAUAUGUGUUCUUCUUCAUCUGCUGUGCUUCGUAUCGAAUUCACUCCAUUUUCGUCUUGCGUCUCUUUAAUGAUCCGGUGGCCAUGAUGCUGUUAUUCGGAGCCAUCAAUCUCUUCCUGGAUGGCCGCUGGACUCUAGGAUGUGCUCUCUACAGUUUAGCUGUGUCUGUGAAGAUGAAUGUUCUGCUCUUCGCUCCUGGUCUCCUUUUCCUUCUGCUGUGUGAGUUCGGUCUAUGGAAAACUUUACCUAAACUCACUCUCUGUGCUGUCAUUCAGCUGGUAUUGGGACUGCCGUUCCUCUUGGUGAACCCUGUUGGGUAUGUUAGCCAGGCCUUUGACCUGGGCAGGCAGUUUCUUUUUAAGUGGACGGUGAACUGGCGUUUUCUUCCUGAGGAUGUGUUCUUGAGUCGAUACUUCCACCUGGUUCUGCUUCUGGCUCACAUUACCACGUUACUUCUGUUUGCGCUGAAGAGAUGGAAGAGGUCUGGGAACAGUAUUUGGUCUGUUCUAACAGAUCCGUCUGAGAGAAAAGAGACUGUACACAAGCUCAAUGCUGAUCAGACAGUUCUGGUUCUUUUCACUUCUAAUUUCAUUGGCAUGUGCUUCAGUAGAUCUCUGCAUUAUCAGUUUUAUGUCUGGUACUUUCAUACGCUGCCGUAUCUGUUGUGGAGUGGAGGAGUCAAGAAACUUGCCCAUCUGCUCAGGGUGUUGAUUCUGGGUCUGAUAGAACUGUCCUGGAACACGUAUCCGUCCACUAACUACAGCUCUCUAUCACUGCACGUCUGCCAUCUCAUCAUCUUGCUCUGUUUGUGGCUCAACCCGACUCCAGCUCUUCUGUCUCAGAAGUCAGAGAACAAGGCUAAGCGCCACUGAGCCCUGGCCUGCCCAGGGCACUCGCUGUGUGGGAUGAUCCCUGUCCUCCAGCUCCUGUCUGCAAGCUCCUGUACCAGAGGGACACAUAGGGGCGGCCAGGGACCUGUGCCCUGAGUCUGAUGCUGAAACGGUAUCGGGGGGUUUUGUUAAUGGAGGUAGUGUGAUGUUACUAUUUGGGGGUUUCAGAGAGUUUACAAUGCUUCUCAGGUUUCUUAAGGACUAAUGUGAUGCUCAGUCUGGGAUGUCGGAGUGUGAAAUGUGAAUGGAUCUGUAUUGGAAGGACAUUUAUAAAAGUUACAAAUUUCUAUGCAGCUUAUCAACACAGUUGACCUUUGAGACCUUGAGGAUCUCUUCUUGUUGGCCAAUGGACUCAUUCAGGACAGUUUAUUUGAACAAGAUGUUAUAUAUAACAGAAUAUCUCUGCAUUUCAACAUUAAGCUCAUUCAUAAUUAUUCAGGGGUUUGUUUUCGUUUAAAUGGGUAGUCAAAAAUGAAAAUUGUGUCAUCAUUUACUCACCCUCAUGUCGUUCCAAACCUGUAUGACUUACUUCUGUGGAACAUGAAGGUAUUUUAAAGAACUUGUAUGUACCAUUGUAUGGGGGGAAAACACAUACAGG